AUGAAAACAGGUAUUUUUACCAAACUAGUAAACUUUCACGUUCAGUUCUUUAUCGGCGCAUGCUGCACGUCGAGAAUAUUUCCACGAUACCACGAGACGUAUUGGAUAUAAAUUGUCUGUACCUCCAGCAGGGUCGAGACCAAAGCUGCUCCCACCAUGGGCUUGAUGACAGAUCCAAAGACACAGGCAACAUUGUCAGCGUUCAUCAGCCGUUUCUACAAGAUUGGAAGUGUUCUUUGCUACGUGGCUGGCAUCGCCUACAUGCUAGCCUUGGCUUAUCCCACGCUGAACGCCGGUACAUACUUCUCAGAGAAUGCUUUGCUACCAGGACUUGUUGACAGGGAGUAUUCAGACGCCAGCUAUAAUGUUGAUCAGCGAGCCGAGGCGUACAAGAAAGUGAUUGAUAGUGACGACAGAAUGCCAGUUGAAUAUCUCAAAGCCAUGUUUACUGAAAUUGGUCUGGACACCUACACCCAGAAUUUCACUAUCAAUCAUCCAUUCUUAGAUACGGACAUUAUCGGGAAUGAACGAGUGCCUAAAGUUAUUAAAGGAACUAAUGUUUAUGCCAUUCUAAGAGCUCCAAGAAUCGCUGGAACAGAGGCAAUUGUUAUGAUGGUGCCCUAUCGUAGCAGCCAGACGGCCCAAGAACAUGGACAUACACACUAUGGGUUAGGACUUAUGCUGUCCUUAGCAAAGUUCUUCCACACCAAAACGUAUUGGUCGAAAGACAUCAUCUUUCUGGUCGUUGAUGAAGAGGAGAUGGGAAUGCAAGCGUGGUUGGAAGCCUACCAGGGUAUUCCAUCGGACUAUAUCAAAUCAUCAAUUAUGCACGGUCGUAGUGGAGCCAUCAUGGGUGCCAUUAAUCUCGAAGUGGGGUCAUCCAGGGUCAAACGUCUUGAUCUUGUGACGGAAGGAAUCAAUGGCCAUCUCCCAAACCUUGAUCUUAUCAACUUGGCCGUCAGGCUGUGUGGGAAGGAAGGAGUACAGGUGUCUUUUCAGAACCAAGUAGACACUUCCGGUUCUCAGCGCAUGAGACGGGAAGGCUUUCAGAAAAGUGCCAAGACCAUGCUGUUGAACAUGGCGCAUCAAGCAACCGGUCAACCACGUGGUAUUCAUGGAUUAUUCCUUCAAUACCACAUAGAAGCCAUAACCAUCAAGUCCUACCCUGCGCUGACCUCAGGUAAAAGCAUGCUGGUUGUCGGACGUGUCCUUGAAGGAACUAUCCGAAGUCUCAAUAAUCUCUUGGAACGGUUGCACCAGUCAUUCUUCUUUUACGUCCUCCCUAACUGUGAUCGAUAUGUGUCGAUUGGGCUCUACAUGCCUCCCUUUGGUCUUCUUAUGAUGGUCCCGAUACUGAAUGGUCUUGCAAUGUGGAUCAAGUCUGGGAUUGUACCUAAGAUAGAGAGCCCAAAGGAAUCUAAGGAGACUGACACAGACAAAGAUGAUCAAGACAAUACAGAGGACUUUGUUCCACGGCCUUUCAGUUCUGUCAUCCCACUUCUCAUAGGGGCUUCUAUGACUGGUGCUCUGUUGUACAUCAGUCCUGAAAUGUUCAUGACUCGCUUUCAUCAGACCUUUAAACUUACUUCUGAGGAAGUUGUCAGCCUCGGUGUUAUGGCCAUCUUUACUGCAGGUGCAAUGUUCCCGUACAUGAGCCGUCGACAGAUGUCAACUCCAACAGAUGGUAGCCAAGUCGUUGCUGAGUGGAAGCUACUGAAAUCGUUUGCCCUGAUUUGGCAGGCUGUGAUUCUCUCAGCAAUUUGUAUGAGUAACUUCUCGCUGGCGUUCUUCAUCAGCAUAGUGGUAGUUCCCAUCAGUGCCGUCGUCCAGCCCGCAUCACGCUCGCUCCUCCGUCUCCUGAAUGCAUUUCUUCUUCUCCUCAUCUCUCCACCUGUUCUCCUCUUUAUAUUCCUUAUGGUCUACAAUGCAGCUAUGGCAACAGACCCACAUCUUGGAGACUUAUUCAUGACGACAUUUAAAAUGUCUCAACAUGCCUUGUAUCAAGCUGUGGUAGAUGGCUACUUGUAUGGGAACUUAUCUUUUUGCAUCGCUACCGUGGUGAUGAUCCCAAACUGGCUCAUGUUCUGGCUUGUCAUCUGGAAAUAACUUUUUGGUAAAGAUGCAAAUGCCCUUUGUUAAAUUAAAAUGGCCUUGCCCUCUCAAAGAUUAAAUUCAAGGUCUUAACUUCGAAAGUAGCAUUUAUUGUACAUCAUGUUCUGGCAUGUCAUCUGGAAAUAACGUUUUGGUAAAGAUGUUAGCAAUCAGGUCUUGAAUUUCAUGGAGGCUACAUAGCCCAUGGCCUCCAUUGCUAUGGUCUUGGCCAUGAUGCCCCUCAAAAGUUUCCCAAAGUUUUCCAAGUGCAAAUGCCCUUUGUAGAUUGAAAAUGGCCUUGCCUCUCAAAGAUGAAAUUCUAGGUCUGAACUUUAAGUAGCAUUUAUUGAACAUAUAAAUGUACUUUCAGUGUUUUUUUAAUAGAAAUAAUAUAAAAGCAAGUCUACAAUCUUUUUGUAAAUAUUUGUAGUUGAGUAACUGUUCAUAUUUCACAUUUGAAAAAAAAAAAAUCAGAUUGAGUUUCAAAGAAUCGUUUAAAUUUACAAUUUUAUUUGAAUGUAGAAUUUGUUGGCUUGUGUACAGAAGUUUUCACAGAUGUGCGUAAUUGAGAGAGAGUUCAAAGCCUGGUUCAUACGUCCUGUGAAUUCUUCGCAGGAGUUUUGCGAAUUUGUGGCCUCAAAAUUUGUAUCGCAUUUGCAUUUGCAGGAAGUGUGAACCGGGCUUAACAGUAAACAAUAUAUUUCACCUUUGCAAAUAAAAUGUUCCGAAAAAGAGUAAUUUUUAAAUCUUCAAGAGAUGAAUAUGAAAAUUUAAAUUAGAAGAAAAGAAUCUCAAGAGUGUUUACACAUUAGUUGUAAAAAAGUUUACAUCAUUUCAAAUACACUUUAGAGUGACACAUAAAUUUGUCUUGUUGGGUAAAGCCCGGUUCAAACUUCCUUAGAAUUCCUGAGAAUUUGUACAUUCGCAUCAGUUGACCUGUGCUAAACUCCUGCAAAACAUUCACAGCGAAAACAGCCAUGAAAGCGUAAACUAUUGUAUCGCAUUCGCAGGAAGUAUGAACCAGACUUUAGUAGGUCAAAAAUAUUUACUUAAAAAAAUUAAUAAAAUUUCAUUUUCUCUGAGUACGUGUAAUUCAAGUCCAGUUGUGGUAACUUAGGGCCUUGUCACACGAGAGCAAAUUGGAGGCAAUCAACUGCAUAGCCAAUACAAAUCACUUUGGUAAUACUGACAUUUUGUCUUACGAUGAAUUUUAUUGUUUGCGAAAUCAGCCCCUGAAUCCAAACUCUGCUAUUUGGAGGCUCCAGAGUUUUAUUCACUCGGACAUGGCACAUAAGUUUUAUUUGAAAAAAAAUUGUUGUCUUUACGGAGUAAACAAUAAUA